CCGGGGGCUCCGGCUCAAAGCCAACUGCUAAGCCAACGAGAGCCGUGUAGCCUGUAAGAUUGCCGCUGUGCGCAGGAAAGCGUUCUCCUAGGUACCUCCCAACUUAGGUCGUAGACGUCUGUUUGAGUUCAUCAACUCAGUCUGCAGGUUCCUCCUGGCAGUGUCACGAUGGCCGCAGCGGCGUCCCUGAGGGGGCUUCAAAGCAGCCCACACUUUUUCAAUGGCACGCCAAGGAGGCGGCCCCUGCCUGCGCAUGCAGCGCUUGAGCAGGCCUUGCGAAGGACGCCACUUUGCGGCGUCUCCAGAAACUUUACUAGCACACACGAAACGGUGUUCCGGAGAUCCCCCCUUGUAGAAAAAGCACCACCACUUAUUUUGAAAGAGCCCAAUGCUGUGUCUCAGUUCACACGAGAAAGCUUGAAUCACACCCAUCGUCGCUCCCGGAAAGUGCAGACGUGCGUCGCUUCGGCUUCAGCAGGGGCCGCGGUCGCAAACGAUUUUCAGUAUCCAGGGUCCCAACCUGCAAUCACACACGCUCUGUCAGACGAGCUUCCCGUCCGCCUGCCCCCGCCCCCGUCAGACUCCUCUAUCCUGAGCAUCUUCCCUUAUCUGUGGAGACUAGCUACGGCGGACAAAUCGCUGCGGUGGAGAGUUGCGUUGUCCCUGAUUCUCCUUGUGGGGGGCAAGGCGGCCGGUCUGGCGGGCCCAGUGCUGUUCAAGCGGGGUAUGGAUGUUUUGUCAGAGUCUAGCAAGGCGCAAGGGUACUCUCAGGCUACCAUGUAUGCGGCGGUCUCGGCGCUAGUCCUCUCUGGAGUGUCCAAGGGCAUCAGCGGCAUUUGUAACGAGGCGCGGUACACUGUGUUCAGCCCCGUGGGGCAGGCAACUGGUCGGCGUGUCGCGAUGCACUUCUUCGACCACAUUCUGCAUCUAGAUAUGGCGUUUCAUCUGGAGCGCAAGACGGGGGCGCUUUCCACGAUCAUGGAGCGCGGCAAGCGCAGCGUCACCAUGAUCUUCCGGGCGAUCGUGUUUACGCUGGUGCCGACCGUGGUGGAGCUAGUCCUGGUGUGCGGUCUGCUGGCUAAGCAAGUCAGCACCGCGUUUGCGGGGGUCGUCCUGCUGACGUUUGCUGCUUACGUCGCGUGGACGGUGGCGCUGACGAAAGCGUCCAUGGCCAGCAGGAAAGAGGUGAACAAUCUGAACAACCUGACGUCGGGCAAGGUGGUGGAUGCGCUGCUCAACUACGAGACGGUGGCGCAGUUCAACAACCAGGCGCUCGAGGAGAAGCAGUACGACAGCCUGCUCAAAGACUACCAGGACGCGUCGAUCAAUCUGGAGUAUCUCUCAGCGUCUCUCAACAGCGGUCAGGCGCUCAUCCUCGCAACCGGGGUGUCGGCCAUCAUGGCCAUGGCGGGGACAGGUGUCAUCCAGGGGCGCAUGACAGUUGGCGACCUCGUACUGGCCAAUGGCCUCAUCUUGCAGCUGUCGGUGCCGCUCCAGUUCCUCGGCUUCUUGUACCGCGAGCUGCGCACGUCCCUGGUAGACAUGGAAUCCAUGUUCAACACACUUAGUCGGAAGUCUGCCCUUCCCGAUGGCAGUCGCGAGCUGAAAAGGAGUCAAGAGGGCGCCUCCGUCACUGCAAAGGAUCUCAAGUUUGGAUACAGCGAUGCACGCCAGGUGCUGAAAGGCGUCUCGUUCAGCAUAAAGCCGGGCCAGAGUGUGGCCAUUGUGGGCCCGUCGGGGAGUGGCAAGUCGACGAUUGUGCGGCUGCUGCUGCGGAUGUACGACCCGCAGCACGGCAGCAUGGCCAUCGACGGCGUCGACGUGCGGGACCUCACGCAGGAGUCGCUGCGCAGCGCCGUCGCGGUCGUGCCGCAAGACACGGUGCUGUUCAACGACACCAUCUUCUACAAUAUCGCGUACGGUCGACCUACUGCCAGCAAGGAUGACAUCAUCACGGCCGCGAAGAUGGCCAAGCUGCACGACGCGAUCAUGCGCAUGCCGGACGGCUACGAGACGCUUGUCGGCGAGCGCGGUCUCAAGUUGAGCGGCGGCGAGAAGCAGCGCGUAGCCAUUGCGAGGGCAUUCCUGAAGUCGCCCCGCAUGCUGUGCUGCGACGAGGCCACGUCAGCCCUUGACUCAGGGACGGAGGCCGCAAUUUUGGACUCUUUGAAAGAGCUGGCCGCCGGUCGCACGUGCCUCUUCGUGGCCCAUCGGUUAUCGACGGUGGCCCACUGUGACCACAUCCUAGUCAUGGACGCGGGGUUGAUAGUUGAGGAGGGCACGCAUGAAGAACUGGUACAAAAGGGCGGGGCAUAUAGCAAGAUGUGGUCGUUACAGCAGGCGGAAAAGAAAGAGGAUGCCCCCGAGAAUGGGCAUAACGGUGCUAACGGUGCGGCGAGUGUUAGUGGGAGAGGACUGGAGUCGGAAGGACUGGCGUCGUCAUCUAGGGAAGACAGCGCCCAUGUAAAUAACGGGACCAACGGUGCGAAUGGCGUUGAGAGGAGCUUGGCCAGCCGAGAACUGAAAGAGGAGAUGCAGCGGAGCGAAGAAGUGGGUGUCGUAGUGGAAGAAAGUGCCAAGACUGGAACUGCUGGCUUCAGAGUAGACGAUCUUUUGCCUGCCACGAGAAGCGAGUCCGAGUAGCUAAUCUGCACGCUUUGAUUGGAUAUUUUUCUUGGCUCGUUUCGGCUCUUUUCUGUUCAUGCACGCAAGUACGUUCCUGCACAUAGAGUCGGAUUUGUUGUCCUCAGCCCCAUCCUGCUAAAAAGCAACAAGACGGUCUGCUCUAAUUCUUACUUCCACACGCGUUGUAUAGCACAAUUUCCGCUCU